AUGGUUCCAGCACAACCGCCCAUCAUUGGCGUCCUGGCAGGCGCAUGGAGUUUGCUGAACAGAACUACAGUCUAUCCAAACGGCACGGUGGUUAUACCAAUCGACGGCCUUGGGGCCAAUGCAGUCGGCAUCAUCCUUUACACCAACACUGGAUACAUGUCCAUGAACAGCAUGGCCACUGAACCCGCCUACCGGCCCACGACUAUUACAUUCCCUUACCAAGAAGGUCAAUCUGAUGCUGACUGGGCCCUCGUCGGCCUCCACACAUUUUCCUAUGCCGGGCCCGUCACCAAUGUGGUUGAGAUCACGCCGACUUCGGGUAACCUGACGCACGGUCCGCUCACCUUUGCACAUGUGCCGUCUCUCGUGGGCUCGGACCAGAAUCGCCAGUACGAAGUGUUGGAUGACGGCAACAUUUUAAGGCUGUCAGCGCGGGUCAGCAGUGGAAAUACUGCUGUUUUGACCUGGCAGCGACUUGCAUGUCAGGGGCGAGCAAAUCCGGCCAAUUGA